AUGGGACUCACGGAGCUUGCUCAGGCCGGAGAAGGGGUCUUUUUCGCCCUCAUAGCCGCCGUCGGGUUCUCGGUGUUCCCGGUCCUCGCCAGGAUGGCGGCUAACGCAGGGGUUCCUGACUUCCAGGUCGUCCUCGUGAACGAACUCACCAACGCCGCGGUCUUUUUACCUUCACUGCUCAUCUGUAGAGCGCCGCUGACGGGUCAGAAUAGCAAACAGACGCUGGGUUUUAUCUGUACGGGCGUGUCGAGGGUCUGUUCUACAACCAUGACGGUUCUGUCGGGCUUGUACAUCCAUCCUGCAGCCACGCUGACCAUCAGUAACGGCAGCAGCCCGCUCUUCGCCGUUGUUCUGUCCAGGUUGGUGCUGAAGGAGCGCGCAGGCUGGGUGAACAUCGCCGGCGUGGCGGUGCAGGUAGCCGCGGUCGGACUCGUGGCAUGGGGGACCCACCUGCGAACAACUGAGCAUUGGAACGUAACCACAAACAUCACAACGACAACAAUGGCCACAAACAUCACAACAACAACAAUGGCCACAAACACCAUCCGAAACAGCGCUACUCAUGACUACAUCAUCGGCGUUGUACUAGGCCUUGUCGGGACACUGGGACUGAGUACAACCAACGUUCUUAUCAGAAAGUUUCUUAUGAAAGUUUCCCAGCUCACUGUCCUGGCUUACGUUGAAAGCCUGGGUUUUCUACUGGUAUUCCCAGCAAUGUACAUAAUCAACACACCGAAGUGGGACGUGGAAAUUUAUAUCGUUUGCAUAUUGUUAGGCCAGGGUAUAACGUACACCGUCUCCAUCGCUUGUUUGUAUCGGAGUUUGAAGCUCCAGAAGGCCAGCACGGUGGAAAUUUUACGGGGCUUGUCAGUCGCUUUAGCUUACGUUUUUCAGUACUUGAUACUUGGUGUUGUCGCACUAUUGGUAGAGUAUGUCGGUGCGAUGAUUAUUAUUGUAUCUAUUGUCAUUGUUGCUGGGUAUAAGUGGUAUAAGGCCUGCAAAACAGAUACCUAUGAUGUUGAAACACAAACGACGAGUAUCUAUACUGUAAGCGCCACGGUUAGUCAGGGAGUACAAAAUCCAGGUGUACGCUGA